AUGGCGCCGCCUAUCGAACUGUUUCAUCCGGUUUUUGCUCGGUUUCGCGCUAAGCUUGCGGAUACAGAGGUUGUCCCCGAAGCUAUCGUCCGUGAUACCGUGAGCCUCAUGCGCUCCAUGUCUGCUAUCCGGGCAUCCGAACAACCACAGGGUCGGACGAUGCUGUCCGAAAUUCUUAAGCAACCUUUCCUCCGGGCCGUUGACUUGGAUUCGAGUACGUCGACAGACCACAUCGCUUUAUGUGGAGAGACGACUGUUGAUGAAAUGGCUGCGGUCGUCAUCUUAGAGGAGGAGGAUGAACUUGGAGCGGGCGGAUCAGAGCCCUCUGUCCGCGGUUCCUUCUCCUACAUGAAGUUUUGGGCUGAUGGAACUCGUCGGAAAAUUCGUGAAGGCUCCUGUUGUCCCUCAUUCAUUGUCGGAUUAGCAGGACCGUGGCUGGUAAUAGCAGGAGCUGUGUUUACGAGCCAGAUCAUUGUCCAGCGUCUUACGGACUAUGUGUGGCUCGGUAAUAGUCGUGUUAAUGACGAUGACCACAUUCUUCGCGUUGCUCGUAUUCUCUACUCCCUCCAGGGUUCUAUCGAGGAGCUUCGAAAGUACUACGAAGACCUGAAACCCCAGCCUCUCGAAGCGAACAAACCUCAUCCUCGUUUUUUCCCCUCCGUCACCCCUUAUCGAUCUAAUAACGAGGACAUCGGAUUCACAUACAUUUCACCAUUGGAUUUGGAUGAAAUGUGUGUGACGUUUUUAGCGACCUUGGAUGUGGAGCAGGGGGAGAGGAAGGUCGUGGUCAAGUUUGUCGAGCGGUAUGGUGAAGAGGCGCAUAGACUUUUGGCGGGGCUUGGGCUGGCGCCGGAGAUUCUCUAUGUUGGACCAAUUGGCGGGUCGUAUAGCAAGCUGCGGAUGGUCGUUAUGGAGCAUGUCCAAGGUCGAACGCUCGUGGCUGAAUAUCGUGAUGGACCCAUACCGGAGGACGUCAAGAAGGCUGUCAAGGAGGGUCUGGACGCGCUUCAUAAUGAAGACUUGGUUUAUGGGGAUCUUCGUAGGCAGAAUAUCAUGAUUUGCAAAGGGCUCAAGUUUAUCGAUUUUGACUGGGCGGGGAAGGUUGGGGAGGUCAGGUAUCCUCUUCAUUUAGCUUCUUGUAUAUCCGAGUAUGAUCUUAUACUGAAAGAACAUGAUAUGAAGAUGUUUGAUGAUUUGUAA